AUGGCACCUCCAGCUGAUGAUCCCAGCACCAGAACAGGCGGACUGCAAAGUCAACUCGGCGCAGAUGGAAACCCCAUCGUCCAUCCCGUCGAAGUCGACGCGACCAACGGUCACGUCAACCCUCCGCCGCCACCGGUUCUGACAUGCAAGCUCAGCAGCAAAAGUACAACGACAAGAUCGACUCCCUCCACGUCACCAGCGACGGACGAGUCAUCCCGACGGGACGAACUCUCUUCCAGACGCCGACAAGAAGCACCGCCGCGACUGGCUCCAAUGCCGCGACGAAUGGUGAGAAAGACACCGACCCGGAAGUGGCCAAGCUGCGCCGCAACCUCGACGCAAUCAGCUCCAAAGUGCACGACGCUAUCAGCUCCCAUCGUCCAUCCCGUCGAAGUCGACGCGACCAACGGUCACGUCAACCCUCCGCCGCCACCGGUUCCUGACGUAGAAGCUCCCGUCACGACCGCCGCGUUAACCCCGAUGCAAGGCUUUGCUGCUCAAAUUGCUUCUCAAUUCGCCGAGAUGCAAGCUCAGCAGCAAAAGUACAACGACAAGAUCGACUCCCUCCACGUCACCAGCGACGGACGAAUCAUCCCGACGGGACGAACUCUCUUCCAGACGCCGACAAGAAGCACCGCCGCGACUGGCUCCAAUGCCGCGACGAAUGGUGAGAAAGACACCGACCCGGAAGUGGCCAAGCUGCGCUGCGACCUCGACGCAAUCAGCUCAAAGUGCACGACGCUAUCAGCUCGUCACCCGAGAUUGCCAAAAUCCUCGCCGAGACGAAAAGGAGUCCUUUCACUCGUCGCAUCGCCGCGAUACCUCUAA